AUGGAGUUGUCUGAAGAAGAGCAGCAGUGUGAAAGUGGUCCAUCGAACCCAAAAAGGCUCCGCCAGUCUUCAAUUUUUUCCGCAUUUUCUUGUGCAGGACCAAGUAGUAACAGCGAACUACUAAAUGAUGCAUCUCAAGAGGUGGUUUCAUGUGAGCUGGCUGAUGGUGAGAAGAGUCCAGAUGAGGAUUUGGAAAUGACAGUUUCCACAGAUGGAGAGGAUGCCAUGAGCCUGGACACACAGGGCCUAGAUGUUGCUGCAGACCCAGACCCUGAUCAAGCUACCAAUGUUCCAGCUGCUUUUGACCAUCCAAAGAUUGACCCGUUGGCCCCAUCAGAUUACGUUGAUCGAUACACAAACUGGAAGAAAGCAGUAGGAUCGGGAGGAUACUUGGAUCAGCAUGCAGCCAGUGAGAACCACAAACUUGCUGAAGAAAAGGCGUGCCGAUUGAAGAGGGUGCAUGGUUUUGUAGGAACUGAUGUUCAUGCACAACUUGAAAAACAGAUUGUGAAACAGCAGCUACGAGUCAAGAAGGGCAUUCUUUCGAUCAUUGAUAUAGUUCAGGUUUUAGGUCAAAGAGGCAUUGCAUUUCGUGGCAACUGGGAUGCAAUAAAAAAGAGUGAGGAUGGAAAUUUCAUGUUCUUCGUUGACUGGAAGGCCAAAUAUGACAAUGAUCUGAGGGAACAUCUUGAGCACUCGCCGUCCAAUGCUAAGUAUGUCUCGCCUCUCAUCCAAAAUGAGAUAAUAUCCCUGUGUGAAAAAUCGAUUCGUAGUAGGAUAGUAUCCUGUAUUCCCAAGUUCUGGUCUGUGAUGGCGGAUGAAACCCAGGAUAUAUCAACAAGUGAACAGGUCAGCAUCUGUAUCCGCUAUGUUAACAAUGAGUUUGAUAUAUGCGAGGAAUUUCUAGGGUUCAUCAAAGUUGAGAAAAUGGAUGCAGAAUUCAUUGCCAGGGCACUUAUAACAGCACUCCUGAAAUGGGGCCUUGACCUAUCCUGUCUUGUAGCCCAGGGAUAUGAUGGUGCGUCAGUGAUGAGCUCCAGCAAAAAUGGAGUUCAGGCCAAGCUCAGAGAAGAAUACCCAAACGCAACAUAUGUCCACUGUCGCUCUCACGUGCUGAACUGGGCAAUCUCGAGUGGAUGCAAGGGUGUCAGAGCAGUGCAGAAUCUGUUUGACAAUGUUGGUAAACUAACCUGGUUCCUGAUGGGGAGUGCCAAGAGAAAAGAAAUUUUCCUGGAGGGAAGGAAUGCCAAUAAUGAACUUCUUGAGUUCCUCACUGAUGCAACCUUGGAGGCCCAAGAGGAAUAUGAUGAGUUCGAAAAUUCAAAUUAUGCUAUCAAGCAAGGUGCCAAUAUGGCCACUGUACCGAGGUUCUGUGCUACCCGUUGGAGUGCUCGCGUUGCAACCCUGUCUGCUCUCUUGGCAAAAUAUUCUCUGGUGCUGCAUGCUCUUGACCAAGUCAGUGCAAAGAGUACAGGCGACACUAAAAGGGAUGCUGAAUCAUACAUCCGUCUAAUGGAGGACUCCCAGUUUGUGGUUGCAUUAGUUGUUGCACAGUUUGUCCUGAGCUCCCUCAGCAGAAUAACAAAGGUCCUUCAGAAAAAGGACUGUGAUCUAGUAAUGGCACUUCAAGACAUAAAUCUUUCCAAGUCUUGCAUCAAGGAUUCUAGGACAGAUGCCUGUUGGGAAAAGCUAUGGGAAAGAAUCUUAGAAGUAGGAAAAACUGCCGACAUCACCGUAGUAAAGCCUCGUACAGCUGGUACCCAACGCCACAGAGACAAUGCAGGGGACACACAGCAGAGUUCCUCAGACUAUUACAAAAUCAAUGUCUUCUUUCCAUUCACUGACCAUGUGGUGCAAGAAUUGGAGACACGAUUUUCUGAUGUGCAAGUUGGACUAGUUUCUGCACAGUACUUAGUCCCGUGUAACCUAAAGGAGUUAACAGAGGAUCACAUGAAAGAAAUCCGAGGAUACUAUGGGAAGUUCCUUGAGAAGGACGACCUUGCACUACUUGACAGUGAAAUUCUAAAGUGGAAAAAACUUUUUGAAGAUGUCCCUCUCGGUCGCAUUCCCAAGACACCUCCUGCUGCCCUAUCUCAGGCCAACCAGCAAUUCUUUCCGGCCGUUCAUACCAUUCUUACAGUCCUUUUGACAACCCCUGUUGGCAGCGUUUCUUGUGAGUGGUCAUUCUCAGCUCUUCGCCGACUUAAAUUGUGGACCCGGUCAACUAUGACAGAGGAAAGGUUGAGUGGCUUGGCAAUGAUGCUGGUCCAUCGAGGUGAAUCAUGCAUUCCUUCACCUGAGGAUACGCAAUGA